AAAAGUUAUUUAACGUGCUUUUAAAACACUCCUUUGUUAGUAUGUUAUUGCUUCUAGGCAGUAUUGUAUUCAAAAUACAGAGAGUGAUUGAAUCAGCUGUUAGUAAACUCCAGGUGAACUUGGGAGGUUUGGCCAGGUGAGAUGGUAGCAUAGAAGGAAAAUGUCACUGUACGGAGAGAACGUCCGCUCUCCUUUAGAGCAAGUGUGGAGGCAGUUUGUACCUCAAGGGUAUGAUCAAGCACUACGCAAUGCCUUCUAUAAUGUAGCUGCUGUCAUCUUUGUUGGGGCAGCUGCUGCAGCUGCUUGGUCCGUAUACAAAAUAUUUGAGCCUUUUGUGCAGCCAUUGCUAUGGGCAGUUUUAAUUGGUUCACUACUGCAUCCAGCCAAAGAUGCAUUAACACGGUGGACUCGAAACUGGCUUUUAGACGUGAGGGCGUCACAUAGUCUUCUAUCAGUGUCUGUAGCUCUGCUUCCAUUACAUUUUCUUGACACUACAUCUGAAGUUGUUGGCAGAUUUGUUGUGCGGCAUGUACGGAGUGUUGUGACAGUUACAGUUAUCUUGCCACUGUUUUACAUCAUUAUCCAUCACACCCCUACAUUCCUGUCCACUCUUGCCUACACUCUUUGUUCAGCUACCAUGUCAGUGAUCACAGUUAUUGUGUCAGUGGUGACAUAUAAUGGAUAUGUUGUUUUAACGGUAAUUUUUGGAUACCUUGUGGCUGUGGUAUUCUUCUGGUCUACGGCAACCAGAGAUGUCUUAGGUCGCAUGAGUCUGGCAGUGUGGGUCAUGGCAGCAGCUGGAAUGUCUGGUUUGUGGCCAGCAGGGAGUGUUCCAGUCUUUAUUAUUCUGUGUCUUCUGCUUGUGGCUGGUCUAGUGACUGAAAUCAUGGACGUGUUUUCUGCUAAUAGGGCUGCUAAAGGUGAUGAUGCUAGCAUUAUAGAGGCAGCCUUGUUAGUGUGUCUAGGCAAUGCAUCUGACAUGGAGAAUAUGGCUUAUGAAGGACAAGAGAAGGAGAAAAGAGAAAUGGAAGGUAUAGGAACAGGUGGUUCACUUUCACCUGUUACUGAAGAGGACAGUGUAGAGGACCUAGGCAACAAGGAGUCUCCCUCUCGGCUUUCAUCAAUCCCAGAAGUAACCACCACAUCUGCUGCCGAGACUGAUGAGGGAGCUACUGAUAAUGACCUGGAUAAGGAAACACAGCAAGAGUCUACAUCAGACUUGGACAAUGGGGACCAAACUCAGCUGCCUAAGGAGGAUGUCUCUGCACUGCUCUCACCAAAGCAAGAAGAGAAGAUGCACCAGGCAACUGGGCAGAAACCACAUGCUGAUGAUCCAUACCAGACACCCCUGAUGGAAACACCACGCCCACGGCACCUGCUUAGUGGGAAUGUGCCAUCACGUGCACUACCUACCCAUGGGCUGGUAAGUCCAGAUGAACGCUCAGGUGAAGAAGAUAAUGGGAGCAACAUGUAUCUGAAGGGUGUGUUAGUAGCAUGUAUCUUGGUGGAGCUUUGGCAGCAUAACUACUUGCUGCCUCUGUUGCCUUUAGCCAUGAUCUACUAUAUCAUUAAGAAAGUUGCUUCCAAGUAUUUGCUGUGGGGAACUGCCUUGUCUGAUGUAGCAUACAAUGCACGGAACAAAGUUCUGAUGUGGGCUGAGGUCCGAAAAGCAGCUAUCCUGCCCCCACCUGUCAAGGGUGUGAUUAAGCUGCUUGUAAGGACUGAUCACCGCUUAGUUGUAGCCCUCUCUGCUGGUGUGGAUGCCAUUGUAACACUGCUACUUAUAUUAGCUGUCAUCUUUUUUGCUGUCACAGCAUCAAUAUUCCUAGCUGUACAGAUUCAAGGGGAAAGCAUGGCUCUGGUUACUCUAGGCAGCCAGAUGAUCAACUCGACCGUUGUGAACAACCCACAGUUUUUGGAGCUCCUUCCAGAGGGCCUCGGAGAUGUUGUCAGUAAUGCUUUGGAUGAAGGUUACCUCUAUGGGCGAGAGUGGAUUGCCAGUAUGGUGCGAGGAAUGUUAGGAGAGACAGAUGAUGCAAAAGCUCAGCAUCUGGAGAAACAGGUGGUAGAGUUGUGGGACCGUGUGUACCAGGCAUGGGUCUCGGCCCAUCCAACCCCUCCAACUAGCCCUAAGGUAACUUCUGAGGCAGUGGCGCUCUCAUUCGACACUUUGGUGGAUGGACUGCGUAAGACUUCAGGCCCAGGAGAUGUUUUUUCAAGAACAGGUUUGGUGAGUUUCUCCUUUCUAAGUGAAGUCCUAAAGGAUAACCUUGGGACUGUGGUCAGCGUCCUAGAGUCUGUGUGGACAAUCUUGCUGGGCAACUUGAGUCUGGCUGUUUCUGCCUUGACUGCAGCUGCCUCCCUCCUCCUGGGUGGUUCCUUGUCUCUGCUAAAUGCUCUUAUCAGUGUGGUUGUCUUCAUGUCAUCACUUUUCUACGUACUCAGCGCCAGUGGCUCUGUUUACAAACCUGUGGCAGUUCUUGGCAAUCUAGCACCUGGCCAGAUGAACCACCUUGGAAAAGCAGUUGAAGAUGCUGUAAAUGGUGUUUUUAUUGCAUCUUUAAAAAUGGGAGCAUUUUAUGGAAUGUGGACGUGGUUACUUCAUUCACUGUUCUCUACUAAUGUUGUCUACAUUCCAUCAGUGUUAGGAGCCCUGUUUGGUGCCGUACCACUGGUGGGCACUUAUUGGGCUGCAUUGCCUGGGGCUUUAGAGCUCUGUUGGAGCCAAGGAUCUCCUACCUUGGCACUGCUCCUCUUUGCUGCACAGCUGCUGCCCAUGUCAUGUGUUGAUACUGCCAUCUAUGCUGACAUUAAAGGAGGUAGUCACCCCUACCUCACAGGCCUGGCAGUAGCUGGUGGCAUAUUCUACUGGGGUGCAGAAGGAGCAAUUCUAGGACCCUUGCUACUAUGCAUCCUUAAAGUGGCUACCAAUAUCUAUUCUUCACUCAUUCAAUCACCAGCAGAUAUCACCAGACGUUUUGGUAAAUUACGGAGGAAUCCUACUAUUACCUGAGAUCAUUUAUGGGACUAAGAAGUCUGAGUGACCUGCACUUAUAAGGAACAAGGAAAGCUAAGAACAGACUGUACCAUCCGCUCUACAAUCUCCAGAUAGUUGCUUCUAGCUUUUAAGAAGAGCUUUUGCCAAAGUGUUUGCAAAAUUGGUCAGAUUUAUUCCAAACUUGUGCCUUUUUUUGGUAAUGUAAUGCCAUAUGUAAUGUUGUUAUAAUUGAAAUGUUAAAAGCUUGAUAGGCGAGAGAAUUAUUGUAAAUUUUAGCUUUUGAUAUUUAGUUAAGUUAUCCCGAGAUUCUUGAGGUAUCUCCAUGUCCAUUAGGAUCAUACUAUUUUGCUUUGUAAUCUCAUUUAGUAAAUUAAUCAAACUUAAUGUUACUGUUAAGGUAAAAGGUUGUAAAUCAAAUAUAUAUAUAUAUACAUAUAUAUUUAUAUUCCAUUUCUUAUUGGAUCUGGGUCUGAACUUCAUAUUUGUUUUUCUUUUCUUCCAUAUGUAGAUAAUAAUACUUAUAUGAUAAUAGGUAAUCAUUGAUUCACAGAAAUGGUGCUAUUAGUAUGGUCUCUCACAGCGGCAGGUAGUGUUUUUAGUGAUGACAGCUUUAAUUAGUUAUCCCUUCUAUCAGGGCAGUAGAAAUGUUGGAAUAACAUUUUGUUUUACAUUUACUUUGAUGAUUCUCAUUCUUAUUCUUAUUAGCUGAAGGGAUUGUAAUGGUGAAGUUAGUGGUCUUAAUACAAGUUAUUUUGAUUAUGAAUGAGGGAAGGACUGUGAAAUGUACUUGAAGUUUGUGUUGUGGGAUUGGAAGAAAACAAAGAUUUACCUUUGUAAUAUUAUGAUAACACACAUGUCAAGUGCAGACUCUAAUUCACUAGGGAACCUUUGGUAGUUGAAAUUUGAUUUUUCAGUCCAUUUCUUUCCUUACCUUUUUUAAGAUAACAGUUGUACUUUGCUAAACCAUAUUGCUAUAUAUAGACAUUUUCAAAUUAGAAUGAUGAUCCAUCAGUGUUUCAGCUUGCUUUAUAUGAAUAGAUUGUCAUUCUUCAAACUUUGAUAAAUUAGGAUAGUUGUUUGAUCUACAGGAAUCUUAGAAAUUUUCAUUUUUUAAAGGUUGGAGGUUAAACCUAACAAAAUAUGCAAGUGAAAUUUAUAGGAUGGAUCUAGUAGUGCUCUUCAAAAGUAUUUCUUACUAUUUAGAAUAGUAAGUCAGCCAGGAGCUGUUUUUAAGAAUGGUUUUAUAAGGACAAAUGUGAUUUACUUUUAGAUGUUCUUGUAAAUUUCACUUAAAUCAAUCUAAGGCCUACCUGGGUAGAGACCCCAGUAAAAAAAAAAAAAGAAGUAUUUGAUUUUACAGAACUUCAUCAUCUUUGCAAGUUUCAGGCAAUUGGGUCAUGUGGCAGUGUGCAAAUUUUAUGACGCUUGUUGCACACUUCAAUCCAUAACAUGGGCGUUAUGUAUAGCAUGUUUAUUCCUCCUUUUAUUAUUUACAAGCAUCCUCUCUUAACUGUUGUAUCUCAUAUUUAUUGCAUUUCUUCAUGACAUCUGAUCUGUCACCUUUCAUUUCCUUUUGUUUCGUCUUUCUGCAGCAUCUUUUUCACUUUUCCUAUUAGGUAUGUAAUGUCUAUUAAAAGUUAAAAUAAGGAGGUUCAUCAUUUCUUCAGUUAUACAUUAAUUCAUCAUAAUGUAUCUGUGUCCAAAGAUCUUUUCUAGGUAUUUUCUGUUCUGACCAGUUAAAAAUAGGAUGGCACUUCUGGAUACUGUUUCACAUAUUUUCAGUCGAUGGAGUAUUAACUGGAUGCUCUCUUUUAACAUUAAUAUGAUUCCUCUUACUCUUGCUUACAGCCUAGAGACAUACAGUUCAAGUAAAAAGAUUCUCUGACAUGUUCAAUUUUUUAUUAGUGUCCCUCAUGUUUUCUGUGCUUCAUUUUUUUUCUCUGAUAUGAUUUUUGUGCUCUAGGAAUAUUGAGAUCGAAUCUGAUUACUUGCGCAAGGAUUGCAGGUAGAACAACUUAUAUGAAACAUGGUUAUUGGUAGAUGUUACCUGCUUUGUAAAUUAUGGUCCACUGUUAUAAAGGGAACAUUUCCUGUUGCAAAAGAUAUGACUUUGAUGAAAAUGAAUGAAAUUCCUUUUUACUACUUAAGAAGUUUUUUUUGUUUUGUUUUUCUUGGUAUCCCUUAAUACUAAUCAGUGACCUAAUAACCAGUGAUUUUUUUUUUAUGUCCAUAGUAAAGCAUAAAAUCAUA